AUGAGUAGUGGAGAGGAACAGAACGAACAAAUCAAAGGAGGGCAUGCGCCGGCCGAGAAGAUAGCCGGUGGUGUUCGGAUUGCCAGGAAAGCACGGGUCACAUCCGAGUCCGAGAAGAACCAGGAGAAAGCGGUACAGGAAACGCAGGACAACGCUGCUGCUGAUGAUGCUGCUGUUGUUGAAUCGAGGAAUAUCCUCGCACACACUGGACUUGCCGCUCAGACGAACAAGGACUAUCCGAAAGAAGCGGUCCGGGCCUAUCACGAGAAGCCGAUCCCACAGCAUCAGAAGCCAACACACAAACCAACUCCAAUUGUUUUCCAGCCAAGCAAGCAGUGA